AUGGCCUCCCCGAGUGAUGAGGCAACGAGACAGGCAGACGAAGAAACGUACACGUCUCUCCUGGAAAUUUGCACAGAGCUUGUGAUUGCGGAGGGUAGCGAUGACCCGCCCCUAAAGCAGCCGCUCGGGAUGCUGCACGAGCUCCUGCACUGCCAGCACCUCGGUGGCGAUGCCACAGUGCUCUCCGUACGCGCGGUUCGAAUUCUUCUUGAGAAGUUCAUCUCGAGCCUGUCCUCGAAAUUACGCGCAAAACUGGCUGAAUGCGUCCGGUCAGCGCUUAAGCGAGUUACUCGCAUAAUGUAUGGGUCAUCAAGGAGUGACGCCCACUUCGAGUUUGUUCACACAAAGCGGUGGGAGCUGCAGGAGGAGUUGCUUCAGUGCAUGUCAGCUGCAGCGCAGAGCGAUAAGGCGGUGCAGGCAGCUUUGCCACCGCCCCAAGAGCAGCUGAACUUCUGCAGGUCGGUGAUGGACGUAUCGUUGGAUAUGUGCCUGCAAGCGCUGCGGAUGUGCUGCGUACUGCUGCGCAGUACGCAACUAUCCUCGCAGCCACACUUGACUGCCCUGAUCCGUGACCUAUUUCGGAGCAGGUUCGUGGCGCUCGAGUCUAUGGAGAUGAAUCACGAUUGGCUGCGCCUCCUUCGGCACCUUACAGAGGGCGCCGUGACGCUGAGGGCGUACGCAGUGAGGACGUCAGAGACCAAGAAAGUGAACUCGCCCGCUGGUGAAGAGAAAUCCCGCAAACGCAAGCGCAGCACUGCCUCAAACUCGGCACAGGCGGCGCCCGGGUCUGUCGCAGGAGUGGAUAGGGGUCGCAGCGAAGGCCCUGAUGAGGCACUCGUCUUGCUACACCUCUGCCAGAGGGUGUGCGCUACACCGAACCUUGACCGUGACUUUCGCAGUACUGUGUUCAGCUGCGCCAAUGCUGUUCUUUCCGACGCGUCGUGCCUUGCUAGUGUGUCGGCUGACACCUGUGUCGCCGUUGCGAUGGACCUUGCGCGCGAGUUGACCCGCAGCGUGCGCACGACAUUGACUAUUACGAACCCGUUUGUGAGUCGUGAGGUCGUCCCCGGUCCCAGCGGUGCAGCCACGACAUCCCUACUGGGGACUGGGGAUGAGGAAGGCGAGGACGACGAAAGGCAAGGAGAGGACCUGUUGCGCAACGGCGAGGGUGCCAAGUGGCACCUGCCAGAGCCAGAGUGGCCGCUGCUAAUUCUCAUUGCAAACCUGUUUGCUGCAAAGACGGUACCAACACCGGAGCACUUAUGGUGGUCGGUCGGUGAUGACGAGUAUGCACGGCGGUUUUCGAAGGAGGACUGCCUCCGGCUUACCAAGGGGUUUUUCGCCGCUCAAGAUGUGCUGGACUUAAAGAAGCGCGGGAGCUGCGUGCACCUCUCCACGAUGCGUGAGUUACUGUGGCCCUUCGACCUUGGCUGCAGGGUUCUCUUCCAGCCAGUUCCAUGUGCGUAUGCCGCAGCGGCAUCCGUGCCUGUCGUGCCGUCUCUUCAGUGCCCGGCGUCACGCGCAUGCGAGCUGGCGUUUGCACUUCGUAGGCAUGAUGUAGCUGCCCUCUUGGAGCACCUUGGAGCCACCUCGCACAACGGCGGCGACGUCGCCACUUACGGCCAAUCUGUGCUACUGCAGGUGCUGCUGGUUGCCGGGCCGCACGCGAAGAGUGCCACGAGUGCCGCGCUGUGCAGUUUUCUGGCGAACAGCGUCACUCCUCUUAUCGAACAAGUUUCAGAGGCACUUGUGCGCCACGACAGGGCGUGGGCGGGCACGCUGCUUGAUGCGGGUGUCACAGAGAGGAUUCUGCAGCGCAGUGCAUCAGGGACCCCGGAGCGGAGCCCGGUAGUGCAGAUGUUGCGCCGUGAGGCUGCUAGUCUACCGUCGACACCACUGCUACUUCCCCGUGGCGGGGUACCGAAGGUGGGACCAGAGGAGCUUCGCCACGUGUUGCAGCAUGGUGGCCGCAGUGAUGUUGAGGAGCUGCUCGAGACACUCGCGUUCUCCGAGACAUGCGCUUGGGACACCGCUGAAUGCAGAGAGACUGUGUACAAUUUUACUGACGUCUCUGUGGUAGGUAGAGACAGCACAGACCAGCCGAAUGGCGUUGCACCUGCUGGAUGGGUCCGGCAGCUGGAACAUCUUCUAACAGGCCUGGUAGUGAAGCGGCUGCAGGACAUGGCGCUCCAGCUCCAGCAGUCGAAGACGCUGAGGCAGAUUCUGGAGGAGGGGGAGAUGGUAGAGGUGACCCUGUGCGAUAGCGGCCGAUCUGGUAAGUUCACAUGUCCUCAGCAGCACUCCCUGCACCAUCACCACGGCUGCAACUGGAAGUGCGACGGAUGCGGUGCUAGUGACCUUCAUGAUGCGUGGUCAUGCCGUGAGUGUGACUAUGAUCUCUGCGCUACAUGUGCGAGGACGCGCUGUAACCGGGCGAACGGUUCCCUGACAGCGACGGCGCAGGACAUUCUCGCGGCAUGGCACGCCUUGGGUGGCAAGUCAACGGACACAUCUGUUUCGCGGACGCGAGCGGUGCUCUUCACUGAGGAAAUGGGUCUCGUCCCCGCUGCCAUGCCGAUUGCUUCUCUUCAAAGGCAGAUUGUGCAUCUUGGGGACAUCUACACGCCGUGCCCUUGCGGGCUCGUCUGCCCUGGUCCUUCGAUCGCGCUACGUGCGGCUGCUGCCACGGACGCCUCUCUUCUUGGUGCGCUGAUCUCUGUUUUUGGCCGAGCUUGUGGACAAGACUUAGGCGUUCAGCGGUGCCUCCUGAAGGUGUACGAGAGCGCUGGUGCCUUCGUGUUUCUUGGCGGCGCACGCGCAGUGCCGGCGGAGCUUCGGUGUCUCACAACACACCUGGCCCCGCAUCUGCCGCUCUCCGUGAAGCACCUCAUCACUCGCUACGUUGCAAUUGACUGCCGCCGUUUUGCCUUCCAAGCACUGUAUGAUCGGUCGGCGAUGGUGUUCACAAACUCCGGUGUUGGUCUCGAGUCGUCGAAGGAGCACAAGAUACAAGUGCCACGCAACGAUAAGCCCAGGCUGCUUCGAGUCUUGCAUGACCGUCUCUGCGGCCUUCCCACUCUGCUGUUGAAGGUCGACUUCACCUUUGAGGGCGAGGAGGGCUUUGGCAGCGGUCCAUCGCAGGAGGUGUACACGGAGCUCUCCGUGUACUUCCGCACAGAGCCGAAGUUUUGGUUUAUGACAGAGGAUGACGGUGGGGCAGAUCCGGUGAUGCUGGCUUUUCCGACGACCAAGGCACUCUUUCUCAAGGAGUUCUUCGCCCUAGGUGCCGCCUGUGCCCGCUCCUUCAUCGAUGAUUAUCGCAUGAACAUGGACCUGCUCCCGCAGGCAUGGCCACUGUUGAUGCUUCCCUCCCUAGGGCUUCCCUUGCAUCAGAACGCUGGCAAGUGCCCCUCACUUUCUGCAUCGACUGCGGCGGCACUGAGGAACUUGCUGGAGGUGCUGGACCCGGCGUUGCAUAGGAGCUUUGCGCAGCUGCGACGCAUUUCGGAGACUGAGUUGGCGGCGGCGGAACUCGAGAUGAACGAUGGCACUCCCCUGAGAACUCAUGCGGACCUGGAGAAGCACAUGCAAUACACGAUGAUCACUCGCUUGGAGGUGGCGCUGGAGAAUCUGCGCUACUUUCAAUGGGGCUUGCUCUCGGUGAUGGAGGUGGAGGCGCUGUGGUGCCUAAGCGAUGAGGAGCGCAGUGUUCUCCUAUGCGGUGCCGACGCGAAGGACAACCGCCCGCUCUUCACUGAGGAGGAGCUGCGGGCGCAGACAACGGUGGGCAGCGGCUACAGUAGUGGCAGUACUCACGUAGAAAUGCUACUCUCCAUUGUCGGCGGUGACUUCACACGUUCGCAGCAGCACGAUUUUCUGGAGUUCCUGACCGGAUCGCCGCGGCUGCCCUUCAACGGCUUAGCAGGUCUCGGUCGCCUUAUCACAGUGGCAAUGAAAGAGAUGGAAAGCACGAGGGAGCAGACCCUGCCGUCGUGCAACACGUGCUUCCUCUACCUGAAGCUCCCACCCUACAGCACCCGCGAGAUCAUGAAGGAGCGCUUGCUGCUCGCCGUGACGGAGGGGCGUCGCAACUACAGUCUAUCGUAG